AAUCGUCGGAUUUUCGAAACAGUUAUGACGUAAUGAAGCCUCGUUUGCUAAAAUCACGUGACUUUGGCCAGUUUGAAACAAGCUCCGAACCAAUGAUUCGAAACAAAAGAUUCGUAAAUGUUUCGAAGCCUCAUGAAGCGUGCUUCGAAAUCGCCCAUCACUAGCGCCACGCGUUCCCCUAGGAACAAAACUUCGGCGCUGCACGGUAGCAAAUGACCGACCCCCUCUUUCUCAACCGCACUUUCUUACGUAAACGGAUCAAACACCGUGAAGAAACAAUACGAGGUCACCCUUGCUCUUUUGUAACCUUUGGCUUUAAUGUUUUAAUUAGAUUUCAACCUCUAGCGACAGAUGUCAUUAGGCGUCAUGGUGACAUUCACACACAGUGUCUAUCCUGGUUAGAUCGGUCUCGCUAGUCGAUUUAGUUAAGCGUCGUAAUGCUUACUUGAAAUAUGUUGAAAAGUUAUGUUUUAAUGUAACUGUUCGCUGUGUCGUCCAACGUUACUAGAAAUGUUCAAGACACGCGACUUUCUACUUGUAGGGGAAGGCAACUUCUCGUUCUCCGCAGCCUUGAGCGAGAACGCGGGCGAUGGUGUCGUUGUGACCGCGACUUGCUUUCAAAGCGAGGCGGAUACGAACAGACAGGAGGGUGCCGCAUUGAACAUACAGAGACUUCGAGAGAAAGGAUCAAUAGUUCUGUUUGAGGUGGACUGCACACGCCUGAAGGAGUAUGAAGACAUCAAGCAUCAUCUUUAUGACUGCGUAAUAUUUAAUUUCCCUCACUGUGGGCGUAAAAGUGGUGUGAAGAAGAAUCGCAUUCUGUUAGCGAAAUUUUUUCAGAGUGCUGUUGCAGUCUUGAAGGACAAUGGGGAAGUGCAUGUCACCUUGUGCAAUGGGCAAGGUGGCACUCCAUGUGACAGACCAAUAAGAGAAUGGCACAAUAGCUGGCAGGUGGUUGCCAUGGCAGCAGAAGCUGGACUAAUUCUAAGUGAAAUUCAUCCUUUUGACUCUCAAAUGUAUCAAGGUUACAGAUGUACAGGUUACAGGAGUCAAGACAAAGGUUUUCAUGUAGAGGGAGGUUUGACGCACAUGUUUACUCGGAGUCUCCCAUACACCGUGCCAGAGAAACUGAAGAUGGAGAAAACAAUUGGGAAGGAGACAGUUAGUUUUGAGAUUUCAGCUGAGUUGUCUGAGUAUUUAAACAGGGAUUUCCUUGGUCCGCAUUCACAUCAUCCUGUAAAAACUGUCCAAGAGUUGUUGCUCAGAGAGUUAAAAUCAGUUUGGCCCGUAUGCACCAUAAACAAGGAAUUCCCAGAACUGGUAACCUGUCUACCAGAAACGCUUCAGGGAUAUGACCCCAAUCUGUCCCACUCAGAAGUUUACUGGAUUAAACCUACACACACCUAUUUAUUUGACCAGAAUGACCUUGAACAAGUAAACGGUGAGCCUAUGGAUGAUCAACAGAGUUUCACUGGCAGCUAUGCACUACGACCAUCUCUGCUGUUUCAUGUCCAAGAGAUCACCCAGAAUGAAGACUUCAGCCCUGGAACGCUUCAUGCUGUCAGUGGUCUGGUUUUUCAAAGAGUACCUAUCUCCUCGAGCCGUUCUCCUGCUUUCCACCAGCUCCUAUUGGUGGGAAUGUUCCCCUCAGAAUCCCACCCUCUCAAGUGCUUCCAGGAUUCUUUGGAGUCGCUGCUUACAACGUACGGCGUCUCCUUUGAGGAAAUGCAAACAGGCCAGCAAAUUUGGAUGAAUUCAAAGAUGCUUCCAAAAUUUGGACGGAUCACAUCACUUCCCUCCUUAGGUUCAGACCUUGAAGGUUCACAGUUAAUUGUUGUCACAAUAAACUUAGAUCAUUUGGCUACUCUGAUCUUCGGCAUCUCUGACUGGCGCUUGCUGUGGAGCGCAGACACUCGCUUUCUCCGGCAAUUUGAGCUCAAUCCGCUUGGAGCUUUCUGUCCGUUUUCCCUGUACCCACCAAGCUACAUACAUGACAUCAGUUUCUGGAUGGAUCCAGAUAGCUACGAGGAGCUUGAUUUUCACGCAGUUAUACGAGAGGCUACUUUGGGCGCCGUUAAGGAUGUGAUGUUAGUGGACCGCUUCAGACACCCGCACAUGGGUCAUGCAAGCCUCUGCUAUAGGCUUACAUAUCAGUCACCAGACCGUGCCCUCUCAUACAGCCAGGUUUUGGGAUUACAGAGUCAGUUACGGAGAUUGUUACCAAUGCGUCUACAAGUAACCCUAAGGUGAACUAAAGAGGCUUAAAUAGUGGUUUACUGAGCAUAUCAAAGAUUAGCUUUAUGUUUACAGUAUAUAGACCUAAAGGUUUUAUAUGUAAAAGCAGAUGAGUGAUUGUAUACUUCACUUAAAGAUUUGUUCUGCACAAUGCACAGACAUUUCUUUUUUAAACUGAAUGUAUAUUUUUAGUGUUUACAAGGUGUGUAUUAUGUCUGGUAAAUCAUUCAGAAUAUGAAGUUAUUCCUGUUGUUUGAUAUUGUGUUUAAUCACAAUAUGUUUACAUAUAUAUUUUUUAAAAUUAAACCUAGAUUAAAUUAUUUGUUUAAUAAGUAUCAAACAUUUUACAUGGUAGCAGCAUCACAGGUUUAUAAAUCUCAGUAGUAGAAUGCAAUGCCACAUCCUCUUGCAUUUGGUGAAAUUAAAAUAUUAAUUAUAUAAUUGCAUAUAAUUGUAAUUCUGCAUGUCAAAGCAGUUGCAGAAAUAAAACACUUAGAGAUUUCCGAUGCAAUCGUAUCUGAUGGAUGUUUAAAUAUUUAAUAUCUUGUAAGACACAAGUAAGCUUACACAGAGUCUGAAGCUGCAUUUAAUACUGUGAUACAUUUUUCAUAAAAUUAGCGCUUUGGGUAUAUGAAAAGCGCAUUAUAAAUAAAAUGCAUUAUUAUUAUUAUUAUUAUUAUUAUAUUGUGUAAUAUGUGACAUUUGUGGCUGUAAAUUGUUAUUGCUGUAUAUAUAAAGGCAUAAUUCACCCAAAAUGAAGCUUAAGUUGGAUAUAUUUCAAGUUUAAAAAAGAUGGUAAAGGUUAUUUACAACACCUGUCAUAUAGGUACACGGCUUAUGUCCGUUCUCUCCUUAUUAAAAAACAUCAGCCAGGACAUGCAGCAACAUCUUCAUUUUCUGAUUAAUUAUUCCUUUAACAUAUAAAAAUCCAGCACUAAAGAAACUUGUGUGUAGGACUGCUGUGUGUAUAAUCCUAGGGCUCCUAGUGUGAAAUGUUUACACUUUCUCAACAAAUUAAAACAAACUGCCAUACAUGUCUGUGGUUAUUCAUAAAUAGAUAGAGACUGUAAUGUUCAGUCUCAAACAAUGCAUCCUUAAAUGUGUCAUUAAAUGGCAUUGGCAUGUAUAAAUAAA